AUUAAUUACUUAUGUUAUCAUUUUACCUUUUAUUUUAAAAAUUAAAGAGUUUGUUUCAAGAAAUAUACUAUGUCACCCACUUUCUUAGCGCUUUCCCCGACUAUCUGCUACCGAAACAAAAAAGUGUCAAUUACUGCAACUUUCAUUUUUUUAAUGUCUCAAGUACUGAGACAAUUUUUAUGUUCAAAAAGAAAUUAGACGACAUUAGUUCACUCAUUUGGUAUGGUAAUCCAAUAAGAAGCAAAGAAGAUGGACCAGAUCCUCUGGAGAAAAUGUUAAGAAACAUUCAAAUAUCUUGCAAUGAAAAAUAGGAGUAGUAAAAAUCAUACUUUUUUUCUUGGGCUUGAUGAACAAGAAUUUAGCUUUUUCCACACUAAUUACAAUAAAAUAAAUACAAAUAUGCUCUGAAAAGGGCCCCAAACGAAUCAGUCUUUGAUACGUAUCUAAUAGUCAAGUUGAGCAUCGGUAUAAGUAGAAACAGAAAGCAACGAACAGACGCUCAAAUAUCAUUAUCUCGAAAACGAAACACUAUAAAACAAUUAUUAUUUUACAAUUUCAACUUGAACUUACUAAAAUUUUAGUCGAAUAAAAAUUUGAGGUCGAACAUUCUCAGAAUAAUCAGAGACAAAGAAAAUUCGAGCCAACCCGUUUUAAAGCAGUUCUUCCAACAUGAAACUCUUAAUGUAUUGUACCAAAGAAAUUAGAUACUUGAAUGGAAGGCAAUGGAAAUAAAUGUUCAUUCAUUCUCUUAUAGAAAACCACGAUAAAUUUGCAAAAACCCAGUCGAGCAGACAAUUUUUAUGGGUCAUUUUGAUUGCUUAAAACAAAUUCGAUGAAAUCUCUGUAUUUUGUAAUUUUCAAGUGUACGAUAUCUCUUUGGUUUGGACUCGAGUUUCAACAAAGUCCUGACAUAAAAACUGAUGUGUGAGCGUAAAGGGUAAAUCGUACACGCACGUGACAAAUUUUAAAAUAUAAUUGUCUCGAAAACGAAACUCUAUAAAACAAUUAUUAUUUUACAAUUUCAAUUUAAACUUGCUAAAAUCUUAGUCGAAUAAAAAUUUGAGGUCGAACAUUCUCAGAAUAAUCAGAGACAAAGAAAAUUCGAGCCAACCCGUUUAAAAGCAGUUCUUCCAACAUGAAACUUAAUGUAUUGUACCAAAGAAAUUAGAUACUUGAAUGAAAGGCAAUGGAAAUAAAUGUUCAUUCAUUUUCUCAUAGAAAAUCACGAUAAAUUUGCAAAAACCCAGUCGAGCGGACAAUUUUUAUUAGAAAUUACGGAUGGAUCAUUUUGAUUGCUUAAAACAAAUUCAAUGAAAUAUCUGUAUUUUGUAAUUUUCAAGUGUACGAUAUCUCUUUGGUUUGGACUCGAGUUUCAACAAAGUCCUGACAUAAAAACUGAUGUGUGAGCGUAAAGGGUAAAUCGUACACGCGUGGGACAAAUUUUAAAAUAUAAUUGUCUCGAAAACGAAGGUCGUGAUGAAUUUUCUAUGAGAACGAGGUACCCAGAAAUUCCCUGAAACGCGGUUUCGAGCCUGGUGAGUUCACCUUGAUCCCCUGACACGAGGCGCAACGUGUGCCGAGUACGUUCCGAGGCGCUCGGAAAAGAGACACCGAAGGAUCGCGUUAAGUAAUCCUAACGCUCGCUGCAUCGACUUAAUCACGAAGGAGCGCGAGUCAUCCUAUUUUUAACCUGGUGGCGUACGUGUAACACGGAAAGUGUCCCGAUCUGGGCCAGUCCGGGUACCCCACCCGGCAUCCGGUAAUCCGGCGGUCCCGACGGCCGUGUUAUCCGAUCUCUCCUUCCCCCCCGAUUCCUAUCCCGCAACUCCAUCUCCCUCGAGCCGAUCUUCCACGGCUGCUUCCACCCGAUCGGUAGGGUUUACUAAGAGAGCACGAAUCCUCCGAAGGUUCAGUGCGAAACGCGCUCUCGAAUUCGAAGGAUCCUUCGACUCCUUUGAUCCCCCACUCAGAGGCAGACGAGAGACAGACCGUAUAGUAGAGAGAAACAGAGAGGCUUUCGCUAGCCUGAAGAUUGGUAGAACUUCUUGCACGCCGGUGGCACCGAACCACUCGUCGAUCCGUUCUUUAAUCUCGAUGAGCGACGAUCUCGGUCCCAGAGUGUCACUUCCUCGCCACGCACUUACGGACCUGCUGCCGAUCUAGAGGACCUCGGCUUCUGCAAACGGUAGAAUCGUCGACGGGAUGAUCGACAGGAUGAUCGUGUUUACGGUCCUUCUUGGACUUUUGGGACUGAGCCACGGUUUACAAUGCCCAAAACAAAAGACAUCGCCAGGGCGGGAAGUAGUUUGUUACACUUCCGUUUCCGACGCCGAACAGCUGACCAACGCAGUCUGCAGAUGCACCACUCUGGUGCAUCAAGGAUACGAUGUGCGAAAUAUAUCGACUUCCGGAUUCGAAAGUUUUCAAGAAUCAUUGAAAAGGAUCAGUCCGUCUCUUCAGUUCAUGAUUUCCGUGGACGACCCUGGAAAAACGCUGAUGACUUCCGGCACAGUCCGUCAAGAGAUCGCCGCUCGUUUGAUCGGAAUACUAACAGAGGUCGAUGGAGUUGAAUUGAACAUGACGGCAGGCUCGAAGGAACGUUUGGUGCACUUUAUGAAGGAUCUAAAGAACGAGUUGAAGAGAAAAUCUUACGACAAGAGGAUCUUUUUGGUUCUGCCAAGCAAACCGGAGGAUCUUGGGAAGCAGUUCGAGUUGAAGGAACUCUCCAAGUACGUGGAUCUAUUCACGGUCCCGACGCAUUACUUGGUCGAAGAUGACGCGGACUAUCAUACUUUUCAUCCGUCGCGAUUGAUGGGCCUGUUUGAUAUGUUCAACGCGGACAGUCUGAUCGAUUUGAUCAACGGAUUGGGGGCGCCUAAAAGAAAGACACUGGUGUCGGUGCCGGCCAGUGCUUACAAGUUUAUUUUGAAGGAUCAGGACGACAAUGCCCCGAGAUCAUUAACCGAAGAGAUACAGCCGGUUAUCAUUGAUCAGAAACAGCUCUGCGAUCUGAUGAACAAAGGCGAAUGGACGGUCGAAAGGGACGAAGAUCUCACCGCGCCCUACGCUUUCAAGAAUAAAACCUGGAUCGCCUUCGAGGACAAGAUUUCCAUCGCGAUAAAAGGGAAAUACGCGUUGCUCCGGAACUUGCCAGGACUCGCCAUACGAGACAUAGAAAAUGAUUUCGAGACGAAGUGUGGUAAACCGCUGACUCACGAAAUUCACCACUCGUUCACAGAUUUUAAGAGGAAGACCAGAGCGGCCGUUUUGAAUGCUUUGGAAGAUGAUUUGCAUCAAACUCAACUCAGUUAUUCAACAAAGGUCAGAUCCUCCGAAUUUCGAGUUGUUCGAGUAGUGGACACCGACGGAAACAUUCAAGCGGUUCGCGAGAACACUCAAACUGAAUUCACUUGCUCGAGGCAAGGCUACUUUGUCCACCCAAAGAGUUGCAACAGAUUUUAUCGUUGCGUUAAGUUCAAUCAAGAAAUAGAAGACUAUUCUGUGUUCGAGUUCGACUGUCCAGCGGGUCUGGCCUUCGACGAACGUACGGAAGUUUGCGUUUGGCCAGGAUCGCUGUCGCAAGGAUCCCCGUGUCCUGGAAGCAGCGAAAUCGCGCCUGUGGCUCGAGUAAGGUUCGAAUGUCCGUCCAAGCCUGGCUACUAUGCGGAUCCUCAAAAUCCUCGUUGGUUCUUCGCCUGCAUAGAUCUAGGUGGUCCUGAAAUGAUGGCAUACGAGUUCCGUUGUCCAUUUGGUCUGAUCUUCGACGAAGAGAAGUUUGUGUGUGAAUGGCCCUGGUUAGUGAGAGGCUACUCUGGCAAUGGUUAUACCAGCACGGAAUACGACUACAGAGGAUCAGAUGGUCACUCUACCAUUGGUAUCGGUGGUCAAUCUACUGGAGGUAUCGGUGGUCACUCUACCGUGGGUAUUGGUAGUCAAUCUACCGCGGGUAUUGGUGGUCACUCCACUGUGGGCUCUACCUUUGGUAUCGGUGGUCAAUCUACUGUUGGUACUGGUGGAUACUACACUGGACAUCUGCCUCAUGGAUAUACAGGAACAACGGGCUUCCAACAUGGCGUGUAUUCUGGCACAACAGCCAGUGGAACAGGAUUCUCAGGAUUCUCUGGAGCAGCUGGCGCUGGCCACGCGGGAUCUACUAUUGGAAGUCAUGGUACUUUUGGCCAAGGAUCGACUGGAUACCAAGGAACAACAGGAAGUCACGCGGGCGUUGGUGGCUUCCAUGGAACUGUUCCUGGAGGUUACAGCGUCUCCGAAACCACUGAUAAAACAGGAUCGAUCGGUGGAAGCUACGGUGGCUCGACUGGUGGAGGAUCGUUAAAUACUGGCUACGUUGGAUCAACGAGUGGAGUGUACUCUGGAACAGCUGGCGUUGGGUACACAGGAUCCACCACUGGAGGUCACGGUACUUUCGGCCAAGGAUCGACUGGAUACCAGGGAACAUCUGGAAGUGGGUAUUCUGGGUCGCCAACGGGAAGUCAUGGCACUUUUGGCCAAGGAUCGACUGCGUACCAUGGAACAUCUGGAAGUGGGUAUUCUGGAUCGACAACAGGAAGUCACGCAGGCGCUGGUGGCUACUACGGAACCGUUCCUGGAGGUUACAGUGUCUCGGAGUCUACUGAUGAAACAGGAUCGAACACUGGCUACGUUGGAUCAACGAGUGGAAUAUACUCGGGCCACGCAGGAUCUGCCGGCACGAAAUAUUCAGGAACAACUGGCACGGGUCAAGUAUCCUCCGGGCCAGGAUACGCAGGGUCAGGUGGCACAGUGCACUCGGGAACAAACGGAAUCUAUAGUGGAACGACUGGUACAGGCUACACAGGAUCGUCUUUCACUGGCCACGGAACUGAUUCAGGGUCCAGAACAGGUACUCACGCGGGAGCUGCAGGAACGAGCUACACGGGCUACGAUAACAAAGGAUAUACAGGAUCUACCGAUGGUGUGUACUCAGGAUCGGCUGGUGGUCAUUCUGUAUCCACUGGAACGACUUAUGCGGGGUCUGUUACCAAAGGGUACGGAGGAUCUAGUGGAGGAUAUGGAGGAUCCACUGGGGCAAGUUACACAGGAUCUCCUGCUAAAGGAUAUGGAGGAUCUACUGGGCCAAAUUACGUAGAAAUGCACUUAGGAGGACAUGGAGGAUCGACUGGGACAACUUACGCGGGGUCUGAUACUAAAGGAUACGGAGGAUCCAGUGGAGGGUAUCCAGGAUCCACUGGAACAAGUUACACGGGAUCUCCUGCUAAAGGAUAUGGAGGAUCGACUGGGACAACUUACGCGGGGUCUGAUACUAAAGGAUACGGAGGAUCCAGUGGAGGGUAUCCAGGAUCCACUGGGACAAAUUACGUGGACUCUCAUUUAGGAGGACACGGAGGAUCUGCUGGAACGACUUACGCGGGAUCUGCUACUAAAGGAUACGGAGGAUCCACUGGGACAAGUUACUCAAGAUCCGGUACUCAAGGAUAUGGUGGAUCGACGAGUGGUUACAACGCUUCGACAGUAACAUCUGUAGGUUACUCGGGGGCACCUAGUCUAGAUGACUUUCCAGGGCCGUACGAAAAUCCAAACACACCAAAAACGCAACAAACGUUUGGCACGCGAACGUCUCAGGGCCCGUACGAUCAUCCUUCUGAAACAACACGACGACCUCUGUAUCCUGGACAAGUGGGAGUGUCGACCACGUACUUUGGCAAUACUGGAACGAAGGGAUACGGACAAGGUGUUGCAUCGUCCGGUACUACUGGUUACCAAAGUGGUAGUGGGUACACAGGUGGUUUCAUAGGAGGCCCUGCCACGACGUACCAUGGAGUUAGUACACCCACUAUUAGUUAUGGUACGUCAGGAACUGGUACUCUCGUGACAGGAACUAACGUCCACGGGGCAGUUAUUACCGGAGACUCUUCUCCCGGAACUAUCGUCACUUACGGAGGCACCCCUGGCACGGUAAUUUCAGGAUCUUCCGAUCAAGGUGCCAUAGUAACCGGAAGCAGCUAUCCAGGUUACGUCACGACUGGCACAGGUACACCUGGUUACGUAGUCAGCGACGGAGUCAAGACUGUGUAUCAUGGUUCCAGUCCUGGAACCACAGUUUACGAAAGACCUGCAACGAAUACCGAUCAUAUAGGUCCAAACGCGUUCGAUGGUAACGUGUCAGGAUAUACAAAAACAUCCUCCGAAGGCUACGACAACGUUUACUCUGGACAUACGUCGACGCGGCCCCAAGACGCGACCCAUAUCGACACAUCUAAAAUUACUUUGGGUCCGUCAAAGUCUCCUGGCUACUCGUACACCGCGCCAAACGUUCCGUUCAAAACGGGAAUGACAUCCUCUACGGGAACACCGGUUGCUCCUACAGAGGGCAACGUGCUCACUGCGACAACUCCGACGCCAUUCUUGAACGUCGAGGUGUACAAGUCACCGAAAUUCGGUUCCACGGGCACACCUGGCAUCGUGAAAACCUACACGGAAGAACGGUACCAAGGAUCGGCUCCUUCCGGUUUCACGCGUGCACCAGUCACGACUGUCUCGCCUCUGAGCUACACAACUGGAUCUUUUGGAGGAGCAAAACAUCCAGUUGCGACGUCCACGGGUCAUCCAGUAUUCGAUACUGGGUUCAACACUGUGUCUUCGACACCAGCGCCUGUGAUAGAUCACGACAAAUUUGGUGGAAACAUUCAAGAUGGAUCGACGUUUGCCCAAAACCAGUUCGAUUUUGGAACGAGGAUCACGCAACACGGGAGCUACAGGAACCAAGACGGUUAUGGUUCUACCACGACGCCUUCGAUAUUCGGUGGAUCGUCUACAGUUCCAUCGCCUGAUUAUGUAUCCAGCACGUCUGGUCAUGGAUAUUACGAUUCCACUUCGAGGAGCUCGUUCGACCAAAGGGUGACACCUUCUGGUAUUCCCAAAACAGUGCAACCACAGACUCAGUAUUUGCCAACCGAUUAUGGUUCGUCGCACUACCAGUCAUCGUCUCCUGCACCCCAGGUUCCAGUCAGAGGUUCGACAAACGUAGGUCACAACAGAGGCACUACGCAAUAUGUUCCGAAUCAAUACGACGUAUACACGUCAGGAUCAAGCUCCAGAGACUUCUCCAAAACGCAGACGUCCUCCUCGUCGACGUUUGGACAGAACUACGGUCACUCUACACCUUCUUCCGUCGUUUCGUACCAAAGCACUGCCAAACCCACGGACGUGGGAAAGGCUAAAGUGAUCGUGAAGUGGAGCGACCUGCAUCCUCUUCUCCUGGGCAAACUUGGAGCAGAGUGCACCUGUCGAGGAGACCCCUUCGCCAACCUCCGGGGUCCAGGUUCGAAACUGAUAAACUCGUCCAAAGGCAAGGUGGACCUCUCGAACUACGACGAAUCCGAGAUCUACGUGGAUCUCGAAAAGGAUGUCUCCUACGAGAACAGUGACGAGUCCACGUCGAUAGGACCGGUUAAAAUCUGGACAGACGAGACGCCUGUUUCUGGAGUUUCUCAGAUCCAGGAGAAACCGUCGUCGGUUUAUCUGCCGAGCGUGACUCCAUCAGCUAACAGACGCGUUGGCCAUACGGAUUCGUCGAUAUUUUAUAUCAGAGGCACCUCGCCCAGAGGCUUCGGUUUCAGAUCUGGGAAGAGUCUGAGCAACGAUGGACCUUCCGUGAACGCUGUCAGCAAUGGACCUUCUACAGAGGAUGAUAGCAAUAGACGUUCCACGAAUAAGAUUGACAGUGGCGAGUCUUUCCAUGCGUACGGACCUGGUGGACUCGGUGAUUCGGAGGAGGUCCUCGAUGGAGCCACCAAUUGCGCCAGACCAGGACUGUUCCGACACCCCAACUUCUGCAACAAGUUCUAUGCUUGUCACUGGGACGAAUGGAAGAAGAAGUUCACGCUUCACGUGUUCAGCUGCCCGGUACAUUUGACGUUCGACGGCGGCAUGGGCGCCUGCAAUUGGCCGAGCAUGGGGCCAGCUUGCCAGGACGAUAACUUAUUAGUUUAGAUGGUUAGCUGUCGACGAACAGCCGAUCGAUCUCAGAUACCGCGGCGUUCUCGUAUCACGGAAGAACUUGGUGUGAAUUUGUUACCACGUGGCUAGAGCUUGCGCAAUUAUUUAUAUUUGACGAUCAUUCGUUCGAACUUUAAUAGUUCUGCCUAGUUCGGUAGUAAAAUAGAACGUUUCAUUUUGAAUCCUUGGAAGCAUCACUUUGGAAAGAUUGCGAUGAAAAUUGAUAUUGUAAAUUUUUAAUAGUCUCUCUCACGAAAAUGAUAUUUUUCUACACGAAAUUUUCUAUACGUAUAAGGUAUGUAUAGUUUGAAUCGAAAUUUGACGAGAAAGAAUGGAUUUUUGUUCAACAUGCUGUUCCUUUUACAACUUUAGAUUACUUUUAUUUAUUUUGAUUUAUCUGAUACUUUGCUUAGAAUUAUCAAAACGAGAGAUGUCGUGCCAAACGUGGACGUAAGUUUAUUUAUAGAGGGAAAGUAAACCAAGCCAGAUGCGAACACAAUAUAUUUUAGUGAAGAUAAUAACGAAAAGACACACUUACUCCUUUCUUAGACAUACUACCUCCCUUACGACAGAACCAAUUAGGUGGCCACACGGAAGAUGAGGAUAUUUUCCAAUACACUUCGUAUUCUUUUAACCUUUCUCUAAACUGAACGAGCUUGAUGUGUUUGGAAUUUUUCGUAAAGUUUCCCUUUCUGUCCAUUUAUAGGUCCACACAGUUGUCUGUACAAAACUAACAAGAGCUUCUGCAUCUCCAUUUUCGUUGCACUUCGAUUGUAACAUUUUCGUCCGAUACAAAUAUUUGAGUACCCUCAAAGUGUAUUUAUAGUCGGUUUCGUCGUAACGAUUCCGGAACCCUCUUAGACAGUUAACGCAGGAGAUAUCUGGUCGAGUUCCAGAGCUAAUAUACUAUAUUAAUGCUCCGAUUAAGUUCCGAUAUUCAAUAUCGGGAUUUAUUUUAUCCGCCGGUUCUAGUUUUAACUUCGUCUCUAUGGGAGUAUCGUAUAAUCUAGAAUAAUCUAUCCCAUGUUUCUCAGCUACUGACUCAAUGUAAUUUCUCUGGCUUAAAUUUAAUAUAUUAUUAUCGUCUGAAUAUUUACACUUCAUUUCCAUACUUGCGUAACUCUCGAUCCUACCUCUUUCAUCCUAAACUCGGAUAAUCUCUCCUUAAUAUCGUGGAUCUUUGAUCAUUGGAACAUGGACUUUGUUGAAAUCUUAAUUAAUUUUGUUUCGAAAAAAUAAUCUCAAGCAUGGAAAAUUUUACAUAUGCUAAGAGAACAAAAUAGAAUUUGUCACGAAACUACGGUUCUCGCUUUAGACGAAUGAUAUUAAUUCUGUAACUUUACUUUGAAAGAUAAUACUAAUAUCGUUAUGAUUUCUGGCUUGAGCUGUAUCUUUUACGAAACUUGUUUAACAGUUGUUUAAUUAUCUGAGCACACGGACACCCGACAACGAAACUAGGCGUGAGAUAACGUUUAAUUCUAACGAGGUAACGGUUCACGCUUAAUUUCUUUGCAUACCGUCGAGGCUCGCGGAAUGAGCAUAUCAGAAUGCUUUCUCGAGGUAACGAGGUCCAAGACAAAGAAGAAGAAAGAUCCAAGGCGAUCGAGGUACAGCGACGCGAAAGCACGCUGUUCAGAGUGAAAGUCAAGUUGUGCUCACCGAUCCAAAUCGCAGGAACUCAAUG